AUGGAGAAAUCUGCAGAGGUGUCGAGAGAAAAACGUAAUGGAUCUGUGGCGGAACACUCACAUGUUAGUGAACCCAGCGAAGAGGAAGUUGAUCCUUUUCAAGCCAUUAUGGAAAAGGCUGGGAAUCAUGGCCGAUUCCAAUUGGUAUAUAAUAUAAUAUUUGUUAUGGGCCUAUCGAUGGCCGGUUCCAUGUGCUAUAUGAAUAUUAUUUUAGCUUUGAAUAUACCCGAUCAUUGGUGUACUGUGCCGGGAAGAGAACAAACAAAUUUCACAUUGGAUGAGUGGCGUCGAAUAACAUUACCCACGUCAAAGGACAAUCGUGGUGCAGAGAAGUAUAGCAGCUGUCAAAUGUUUGAUGCGAAUUUCACCGAAAUUGAUGACUGGCAGAAUUGGAAUUCAACAUCGCCAAAUGUAACAGCCUGCCAACAUGGUUGGACUUAUGAUCAGAAAUGGUAUCGAGACACAAUACCCAGCCAGGAGAAUUGGGUUUGUGAGCGCGAUUUAUAUGUGACAAAUGUUUUCGUUGUUGGACGAGUGACAGAAGUUGCGGGUUCAUUUCUGCUAGGACAAAUGGGUGAUAUCUUUGGCCGCCGUGUGGUCUACUAUAUCAGUGUGGUGUUCUGUUCAAUUGGUCGAUUGUCUUCGAUUUUGACAACGGCCCAUUAUACAUGGUUCCUGAUAUUUUCCGGUCUGACUGCCCUUACAAUUAAUUCACUGUUUCAAUCGCCACAAAUUGUUGGCAUGGAAAUAUCAAGAGAACAAGAUCGAAGUUUAAUCGCCAUAUAUCAGAGUUUUGGUUGGUCAAUUGGAACAACAUUAAUGCCAUUGCUUUUCUGGUGGUUACGCAAAUGGGAGCCCUUCAUGUGGAUAACAACGAUACCAACGGCCUUAGUAUUGAUUUUCUCCAAAUAUGCCAUUGAAUCGCCACGCUGGUUGAUUAGCAAGAAACGCUUUGCUGAUGCGAUUGGGCAAUUUAAGAAAAUUGCCAAAAUCAAUGGACGUCAAUUUGACAUGAGCGAAAAAGAGUUGAUCGCCAUCUAUGUGAGCACCCAACAAGAAGUUACCUACGGCAUAGCCUCGUUGUUCUCCGGUUGGCGUUUGGCCAGAAACACUUGUAUUAUGGGCUUCAGCUGGUGUGUGGUAGCUGUUUCCUACUUCACCUUGGUACUUUUCAGUUCCCGAAUGAAUGGUAACCCCUUUUUAAAUUUCCUAAUACAGAGUAUAGUGGAGAUACCCGCCUAUAUGGUUGGCAAAUAUAUGGGUGAUAAAUAUGGUCGCCGCUUUACCAACAGCUUUUCGUUUUUUAUUUCCUUCUUGGCAUGUGUACCUCUGAUUUUACUGGCUACAGAUGAAAAAUACGAAGUUGUAAUUAUGGGCUUGGCAGCGUUUAUCAAAUUCUUAAACGCUAUGACUUUCUUCACCGCCAAUCUGCAGGGUAUGGAAAUCUAUCCCACAUGUAUGCGUCAAACGGGCAUUGCCCUUGGCACCAUCCUGGCGAAUGCUGUUGGCGUUGUUGCACCGUAUUUGGUGUACUUAGGCACCACGGUUGACAUUCGCAGUCCGUAUUAUAUUUUGGGUGCACUGUUUCUGAUUGGCGCCAUUGGUGCAUUGUUUUUACCCGAAACGUUGCAUAAAAAACUACCCGACACUAUGGAGGAGGCUCGUAACUUUGGCAUACAUGAUAAAUUCUUUAGCCUACCCAAGGCCCCACCCACCGAUGCUGAUGCCGAAACUACGGAAAAACUAAAUCAAAGCAAAUUUGCCCCCUAAAAAGGGUC